CAAGCUGUGUACGUGCCAGAUGUCAGAGGACGGCGGCCGAGGGAAGCUUUCUUCACGGAGGAGGACACCAGCAAGGUAUUCACUCUCGAGAGCUCGAAGAGGAAGGUGUCCUAAGUUGAAGAGACAAAGAUGGCGCUGCGAGGAACACUGGCCAGACUGCCUGCUCUGAGGACUUUGAGCACAAGUCCGAGAAUCCUUGCUGUUCCUGCCAGGCAGACCCACAGCACGGAGGACAGGCGGAAGGAAAUGAUCAUCCAGGCUACCCCUGUUACUGCGGCUGCGUAUGGUAGUGCCAUCCCUGCCGGAAGACUCGGAUUGAGAGAUCAUCACGUUAACAGAUUGGAAAAAUACUUGUUGGUUUGGGGCGGAAAGUACAAGAAUGUUGAAGACGUUCCCGACUUGGUUAGCCAAGAUUCCCUGGAACGCGCCCGCAACAAGGCAAGGAUCAAGAUCAACAUCUGGAUGGGCGUCGCCACCCUGCUCGGCUGCGUAUACAUGAUCUGGUCGGGCAAGAAGGCUCACCGGGAAGGCCAGAGUCUCCUGAACAUGAACGUGGAGUGGCACAGGAGAGUCAAUGAGGAGGCGAGGCUGGCGAAAGAGAGGCAGGGGCGAUUGAAUGAGAUGCCGCAGCUGUAGAGAGGGAAUCUGUGCAUGCUAGGCGAUGCUGUUUUGAUUUUUUGUUUGUUUCGUAAAGCUGGGAGAUUGGUCGACUCAUUUCCCUUUUUUUAGUUUUGGAAGUUAUGUUGAAAGAGGGAAAUGAAGAGUGGUGAAUUUGGGUUUGUGUUUCUGGUUGUUUUUGUAGAGUUGAGGAAAGACAGUAAGAGAAGAGUAUGCUCUGCAGAAUACCCUUUUCAGUAGUGGGAAAAGUGUCCUGUUUCCUAAGUAACCGUCGAUUUUUUUUUUACACACAUAGCAUAUGAAACAGUGCUUUGCAGGCGUGAUCAUAUGACACAACCGAUGACAAAACUAGGUUUGUCUACAGUUUAAUGGGUUUUAUCAUAGAGGAAAAGUAAUCAACUUGGUCUUGAUUUAUCCAUCUUUUUUCCUCCCAUAAGUGACCGGACAUUCUUCACAGGAAAGUAUCCACAGUCAAGUAAACCCCAGUAACCUCAUUACAACAGUGACAUUCCUUACCAACUCCCCCUAACAAGGUGUGUUGUGAUGAACUGGUCAUUGAGGAAGACAAACGAUACCUUACGAUGGAUUAGCAUAAUGCAUAGAAGCGUGUGUGUGUGCUCAGGAUGCGAUUCCACGUAGGCUCAGUAUGCCCACGACUUUCUCUCAAGAGGUCCAGUUGUUGCAUUCUCCCUCACCUCAGAGGCUAAGUCGAGAUGCCAGUUCUCACACCGAUAUCCAUGAUGGGGGUUUUAGUGUAAGCUUUAUUGCACGCAGCUUUUUUUUUAUACAGAGGGAGUGUGCAGUCCUCUGUUUAUUACCACAACGCAAGAGACUAGAAUGGCGUAUGUUGGUUUUGUGCAACCGAAUACCAACUGGAUUUGUUAUCGCCAUCAGACACCUCCGUUGCCUUUGAGAAAUUCAAAAUCUACCGAGUGUUCCAAGUCCUCUUGUAUAUAGAAUAGUGAGGUAUUUUAUUAUCUAUAGACUGAAAUUAUGAGCGUUUUUUAAAAUAACAUUCUUACCUCAUAAAAAAAGAAAAAAGAAUUACAACUGUAUAAAUUUAAGCUUGACAUAUUCUAUAAUGUACUAGAAAAGAACAAGAGACCAAGGAAGGUAACUUGUGCUCAAUAUAUCCUUUUUUGCUCACAUUCCUUUGUCCGAGUUGGGUGGAUAUGAGCAGAAUCUAUUUUUUUCACAUUAUUAGUCUGUCUUUUCAGAGAAACUAUCUAGGAAGUGUAACGUAUUUUGCCGGCAAGGUAGAUCUAAUUGUAAUUGUUCAAAUUAAGAUUUUGUACUUUUAUAUUAUAUGAAGGGCAAACCGUGAAAACCAGUUUAACAAGAAAAUGUACUUCAUUUCCAUUAUAUUUAAGGGUGGAUAGAUUAUUGUAUUGUGAAUUGCCAUUUUAAAACGUGUACUUUCUUCCGGCGACCCUUAUGGCAAUAAUAGAUCACAUCGUGUAUUUUGUAAGUAUAAUGAUAAUAAAACAAUAUUUUUAA